UUGCUCUUUUUCUUCAUAUAUCUAUCUCUCACACAAACGUUCAUGGAUAAGAAUACCAGCAACACCCAAGAAGUUGAGGUGAGGAAAGGGCCAUGGACAAUGGAAGAAGAUCUGAUACUGAUAAACUACAUAGCUAACCAUGGUGAAGGCGUCUGGAACUCACUGGCUCGAUCUGCAGGCCUUAAACGCACCGGGAAGAGCUGCCGGCUCCGUUGGCUCAACUACCUUAGGCCUGACGUCAGGCGGGGGAACAUCACACCAGAAGAACAGCUCUUGAUCAUGGAGCUUCAUGCUAGGUGGGGAAACAGAUGGUCGAAAAUUGCGAGGCAUCUUCCGGGAAGAACCGAUAAUGAAAUAAAGAAUUACUGGAGAACAAGGAUCCAGAAGCAAAUUAAGCAGGCCGAACCUUUCGCCAACCAGAAUUGCACGCUCGCGCACGAUGCAAGCACAAGUCAUGCUUGUGGUGCCAAAGACGAAGUCGAUCCAUAUUCGCCAGCAUACGCUAUGAGCAAUCCUGAGCCGUUUGCAACUCCUUUGCCCACUGAAUCCAACGAUUGCUUCUGGAGCAUGGAGGAUCUCUGGUUCCCCCAGCUGUUUAAUGGAGAUUAAAUAAAAUUGGCUUUUCUAUUCUCGUGGGAUUGUUCUCCAUAAUGAUUUUAGCUGUAUAACCUAGUAAUUGUGGUGUGUGGUACUACAGAAGAACGCUUAAUUAAGUAUAGAUUUGUUAUAAAUGAAGAUGUUUUACUUAUUUACAUUCCA